UCUGCCACAAACUCAGUUCCUGACAAAACCGAGAAAAAUAACCGAGCAAAAUGUCAGACUGGGGUCCAGUGUUUAUGGCUGUGGUGCUGUUUAUUCUGCUAACUCCAGGGCUUUUGUUUCAGGUACCAGGGCGACAUCGGUACGUUGAGUUUGGCAAUUUCCAGACAAGUGGCGCAUCAAUUAUGGUUCACACUCUUCUCUAUUUUGCUCUCAUUUGCGUUUCCUUGCUGGCUGUUAAGGUUCACUUGUACCUUGGUUAGCACGUAGUGCUCCUGGGUAAUGCAAUUGACUUGCCCCCAGCAAGUAGAAAAACAAGAUUAAGUGUAAUAAAUCGUAGAUGUUUUGUGGGGUUUGCUUUUCUGUCAAAUGCAAGUUAUAUCAAAUAUGAUGAUUUUACAUUUUAGAGAGGGUUUGAUUGAUUGUUAUAUGUGUAACGUAAUGAUCAUAGCUCUUGCUUGCUUUGUUA